AUGGGUGUGCAACAACAUCAAGAGAUUCUCACAUCGGCAAGGCCACGAGGAGCUUGUUUAUUGUGUCUGUCUGAGUAUAAGGGAAGAAGUUCAUCUUAUCCUUUCAACAUCAAUGGAUGGAAAGAUUACCCUUUGGUCAUAGCCAAGGGCACUUUAGAUGAUCCUGAUGGAUUGUUUUCAACACUAGCCUUCAGUGCUGAUGGGAAAAGGCUUUUUUGCAAAUCUGGUACGACACAUAUUUUCGAAUGGAAUUUACAAGAACGUGCUGCGAAGAGGACCUACCGAGGAUUUCAUGGUUGGUCCAAGGGUAUCAUGAAUUUUGAUACAAUUAAGAACAAGUACUUGGUGGCAAGUGAUUCUAAUUUGAUAAAAUUUUGGGACAUGAACAAUAGUGAUCUCUUGACGACUUCUGAUGUGGUGGAAACCUACCUGUGCUAUUUAUGCUUGGCUGAUAAUGAAUCCAUGGAUCAUUUGUUCUUUAAAUGUCUCUUCAGCUCUCGGGUUUGGAGAGUUCUCCAAGAGAUUGCAGGCUUUUAUAUUCUCCCCAACUGCUGGACAGACUUAAUUGAAUGGUGCUCAACUUUUUGGACUUCAGAAAAAUUUCUUAUCCACAAGCUCUUGCUUUCUGCAGCAAUUUACUUUCUAUGGCAGGAGAGGAAUUUCAGAGCAUUCAGGAAUACUUUUAAAUCACCUACCCUCAUCAUUUCAAAGAUUAAAUCUUCUACAAGAUCAAAACUUGCAGCCAUCAAGUUGAAAAGUAGUGUUGAUCUCAGAGAUAUAUCCGAUCCACAGGACCUUCACAGCUUGUUUGUUCAGUCCUGUAAUGAUUCAAGAAUGCACUCUUAGCUGAUAUCUUAAGUUCUCAUCCGUAGUCUGUGCGUUGAAGAAUGUAAGGGAAAAUGUCUUCCUGAUAUGGUUGGGCUGGAUUGUAGAUAUGGUUCAAUGGUUUCAUUGUUUGGUGGGGUGUUUUUAGGCUGUGGCCUUGUUUGUUUUGUUUUUUUGCAUUAUUUUGCUUUGCUUCAUUCCCCUUUGGGGCUCCAUGUACAUUUAUAUAUUAAUACAAGCUUACCCUUUAACUAAAAAAAAAAAAAAAUCAUUUCUUGCGGU